AGAAGAUUUGAUUCGAGGCUUUUUUGAAGAUUUGAUUCGAGACUUUUUUGAAGUGAAGAUUGAUUCGGUUGGAGUUGAUUUUUUGGAAUCACAGAUUCGUAGAUCGGUGUUUUUUUGGAGUUUGAUUCUUGUUGCUGGUUCAGUAUGGCCUUAUCCAGUUGUUAUGAUGUUGUGUACUACAAAGGGGAUGGUAUUCCGUUGAAAGUUUCUUUAGAUACUAUGAUUCGUGACUUUAAAAUAUCUGUUUGUGAUUAUUGGAGAAAUUUGACUCCUUGGAGCAUAAGAUUUAUUAGUCGUUGUGAUAAAGCUCUCAUUAAUUGUGAUUAUUCUCUUCAAGGUCUAAUUGUUGUUACUUGUUCAAGGGAAUUGUCAAGUUUUGAUCUGUUUGUUGAGGAGGCUUGUCAUGGUGCUGCUUCUAGCUCUUCUUCUGGUAUUUCCACGCAGUCGCUCAGUGACGAUGAAUUAUGCACUGGGUUCACUGAGACUUCAAAGAUUAAAUACCUGACGGAAGGUCAUGAGCAAUUGAAACCUUUUUUAUCCGAAGGUUGGGAGGAUAUUUUUAAAGGUGGUGGUCAAGUUUUUCAUGGUGGUGUUGAUGAGGUUCGCUUAGCUUUCAGCAAAUACAUCAUCAAGUCUGGCUAUACAGUUGCAAAGGUUAAGAAUGACAGACUCAGGUUCACAGGAAAGUGUGGUAGGAAUGCAGAAUGUCCUUGGUAUCUGCACUGUAUUCCAAUCGAUACCGCUAAAAGUGUCUUUGCUAUCAAGGAAUUCAAUGGGGAGCAUAAAUGUGGCGGUGCUUAUAAGCUGAAGGACCCUCUGUGAAGAAGAAAUUGAUUGAGCAUCUAUUCAAGGAUCAAAUACAAUCAAAUCCGUUGAUAAAGCCUAAUGAUAUGGUUGCUCAGGUGAAGAGUUGUUAUAGUAUUGACAUAAAAUACCAUCAUGCUUAUAAAGGGAAGGAAGCAUCUAAGGCAGAGAUAUAUGACGAUGAUUUAAAAAGUUAUACAGAUCUUAUUUGGUAUGUUGAAGCAAUAAAGGCUACCAAUCCUGGCAGUUAUAUUAAGUUUGAGUAUGAUAAAGAGACUAAACGUUUUCAGAGGCUUUUCAUAUUUUUUGGUGCCUGUAUGGAAGGAUACCGGUUCAUUCGCCCUAUGCUUUACUGUGAUGCAACAUUUUUCAAUGGGACAUUCAAGGGAACAGUGAUGGCUGCCACUGGUGUGAAUGGAAACCAAGGAUUUUUUCCUUUUGCGUAUGCUUUAGUUUCUGGAGAAGACAUUGAAGGGUGGGAGUGGUUUAUGGAAAACUUGCAGCAUUGUUUCGAUUCUCUUCCUAUCACCUUUAUCACUGAUCGUCGUGAAGGGUUGAAGCAAAGUAUUCCCAAGUAUUUUCCCAACUCUUAUCAUAGUUACUGUUUCCAUUAUUUGAAGAAUAACCUCCCCAUCAAGAAAUCACAUGAGAAGUAUAAACAAGUUCAAGAUUUGUUCCAUAAAGCUGCAUACUGCUAUAGUGUUGCUAAAUAUGAGUCUUCUUUAAAUGAGAUGUGUAUCAUAGGAUGUGGUUGGGUUUCCAAGUACAUCAGAAAUAUCGAUCCCAAGCAUUGGGCAAAUGCUUUUUUCGUAGGAUGUAGGUAUGGGACACACUCGUCAACUAUUGCAGAGUCUUUCAAUAACUGGAUAUAGGGCGUUCAUGUCGAUAUUGCAGAGUCUUUUUUC